CCCUUUUCACCUGCUUGCUAUCCUACUCUCUUGUUAGCUCAGAUUGUUUGUGUUCUCUUGUCGAAAUCUCGGAAUGUCUCAAAAGCGCAAGCGCGCUGCCGCUCAGGGCCUGGCUGCUGGGGAACGGCUGAAACGACACAAGCUAGCCUCCGCCUCUGAUUCACCCUGGGGAUGGGUCGGCACAGAAGUCAAGGACGCGUCAAAUAUCUCAGCAGAACAUCUUUUGGCUACCUGUGGCUUUGCUCGUAAUAACUCUAGCGCUUUUUGUCCAAACAAGUACGCAAGGCGGGCUUCCAGGCAGGCAGAACCGUCGACCUCGUCAAUCGAAGAACCUGUGGCCGAUGGAGAGCUUGCGGACGAUGUUAUAGUCAUUUCGUCGGACUCGGAGUCAUCGAACUGCAGUAAGAAAGGAUGCAGGAAGCAGCCGAACUGUGUCAACUACGUUGGGCAGGAGAAAUGGGAAAACAAAAACGCCGCUGCUAAAGACUUUCUGGCGGCAGCAGCGCUUGGACGAGACCCAGCGCUUCAGAACAAGGAAGACGGCCUCCCGGUGGGACUGCGGAAUUUGGGCGCAACGUGUUACGCCAACGCAUACAUCCAGGUCUGGUUUCAGAACCUUGCCUUUCGCAAUGGUGUGUUCCAAUGUCAACCAGCGCAAGACAAGCAGCACUCCUUCGAGGAUUCUCCUAUCUUUCACCUCCAAGCAACAUUUGCUGCUCUGCAGGAGGGUACCAUGAAAGUAUUCAAUCCCAUAAAGUUGGUCGAGAGCCUGAAGUUGAGGACAAACGAGCAGCAGGAUGCGCAAGAAUUCUCCAAGCUGUUCAUGUCCCACCUGGACACCGAGUUCCAGAAACAGUCAGAUCAUGCAUUGAAGCAUCUGCUCUCAAAUCAAUUUCAAGGGAAACAAGCCUAUGUGACGGUUUGUAAGACUUGCGGGAACCGAUCAGAACGAGAUUCUGACUUUCUAGAGAUCGAAGUCAACCUUGAGAAUAAUGCAUCUUUGGAGAGCCGGAUCGCUGCCAUGCUCGCGCCCGAGGAACUAUCCGGAGAUAACAAAUACUCCUGCGGAAAAUGCGAUUCGUAUCAGGAUGCGAGCCGUCAAGUCAUCCUCCGAGAACUACCCCCAGUCCUACACUUUUCCUUGCUCCGCUUUGUCUUCGAUCUCACCACGUACGAACGCAAGAAGAGCAAGCACAAUAUCUCGUAUCCCACCGUUCUGGAUAUGAACCGAUUCUUGCAUCCGCCUGGUCAAUCUUCUCCAGAUAAUAUCUAUGAUCUGCAAGGUGUACUGCUUCAUAAGGGCCCGAGCGCAUAUUCUGGACAUUAUGAAGCUUUGGCUUUCGAUACGGUCAACAAUUCCUGGUUUCAAUUCAACGAUGAGAGCGUCACGAAGAUGAAAGCUCCCGGAAGUAAGGCGAAUGGGACUCAAGACAAGCCUAAAGGGCCGCAAGCCAAUGGUCGUGCAAACGCAGGAAGGAAAAAGAGACGAAUUGACGACAGCGAUGACGAGGUUGUCAUUGUGUCUGAGCCUCCGAGCGGUCAACCUAAACCUACCCCAUAUUCAUCACCUGAAGCCAGUUACGCGACAUCCAAGGACGCAUACAUGCUGGUUUAUACGCGCCGAACUACUGCUCGCACAGAGGCCAAACCACCAGUGCCAACACCACCAUCGCGUGCCCUCGACGCUGUGCAGGCAUUGAUCGCAGAGCAUGAUAAAGCGUGCGCAGAAUUCAAGGAGAAGCGCCGAGCUGCGAGAGAAAAGUUCGAGGAGCUCUACUCGAAUAUGACCAGCAUUUAUCGGACAUGGCAUGUCUCAUCAGACGAGCAGAAGUCUAUCGUAGCCAGCCAACAAGCCUUGGAACUGUUUCUAUCUCGACAUCUGAGGAAGGACCCGCCUAAGGAACAGAAGGCAGACAAGCCUCCUGAGCUAAAACCGGAAGCUAAAGCACCAGCCAACGGCGAGGUCUCUUUAGACAAGUCAACUGAACGCGUCAAUGGUCACCUUCCGUCACCUGGUACUACGCCGACAGUAUCUGAGACUAACGGAUACAUCGAUCCCGAGGCGUCGACGCCCGAUAUCUCGAUUUCUGAUGUUGUAUGUCCACACGGUCUCCUAAAUCCUCAUAAGGCGGACGACAUGAAGCGAAUCGAUUAUGUGGCAUACACCAAACUCAUGUCCUUAGAAGAGUGUCGAUUUGUUCCUGAACUCACACCGUACGAUGUUUGCAGAGACUGCGUUACGGAGAUGUUCAUAGAGAAGCUGUACCAGUACGAGCAUCCAAAGCUCGUUUCCGAGUUCGAGGCGGUUAUGAAGCCGAUGGAAGGUCAAGGGUGGUACUGGAUCUCGACGAAGUGGCUUCGGGAUUGGAAGGCUCCCAAACCAAAGAUGCACGUCAUAUCACAGGGCGACCCUCCUCCAGACGCUGAACCAUUCAAAGAGAACGUCAGCUGCCCUCAUGGGAACCUGGAAAUCACCCUCACCUACCGAACGCAGAUCUCCCCAGAGGCCUAUCGACUCUUGAAGAAACUGUAUCCUCAAUGGGAGACACUCUCGUAUACUGCUCAGCGCUGUUCGACUUGCGAAGCUGGGAAGGACGUCCAGAAGGAAGAGCGGAUAAGGUCUGAACAGGAAAAGAUGAAGCUAAAGCACAUGUACGAGAAUGCGCUCGGCCCAAACAAUACGCGACUACUCCAAGACGUCCCUUGCGCACUCGUCCCCGCCGACUUCGCGCGUACGUGGAAGCAGUAUAUCUAUCGUCCUAUGAAGUACCCGAGGCCGGAAAUGUUGGACACGACAUGUUUCGUGUGCGAACAUGGCAAGCUCAAUAUCGACCCGAACUCGAAUGAUCUGGACUCGACGAUUUGCGUGGUCAGGAGGGACGACUGGGAUGCGUUGGCUGAGAUGUAUGACGUGACCGGGCCCAUCAUCGCGGUGACAAGACACGAGACUCCAGACGAGCAGAGAGAAAUCCGAUCAUCUUUCGUCCACGACAUCCCUGUGUGCGAAGAAUGCCGUCGGACAAGGAAGUCCGAUUUCGACCUCACCGAGAUCACUAUACGCAUGCUGUCCGCCGACGAUCCCAAUCCUACUCCCGAGUCCUUCACUAAUGGCCAUCUUAAACCCUCCGCUUCUUCAUCGACUCAGCCGGGCCACCAGACGAGCAUCACGACGUACUCGAAGAAAGGUACCAACGGCCCUCAAAGACAGUCGAAGAGGAUCCGCACAACGCAGCGAAAAGAGCAAAAGCUGGCGAUCUCGAAGAACAUGACGGUGAAGGAGAUCAAGCUCUUGUUGCAAGAUGACAUGGACAUCCCGACCAUCUGUCAACGACUCUUCUACCAAGGUCACGAACUCCUCGAUAACCAGGCCACAGUCGCCACCCUCGGCGUCCUCUCGAAUGACAUCUUCGACCUCCGUGAGGUCAAAGAGGACGAGGAUUUGUUGAACGACUCUGACACGGACAGGCCGCCGACGAAGAGACGGCGAGAGGAGGGCAGGGCGUUCGGCGGGACGUUGCUGGCUGGGGAUUUCAGCUCGGACAGGGAGGUCCCGGAGGAUACGGCGACGGAUCUGGGGAGCGAGAGGGGGUCGAGCGUGGGGGCACAGGACCAACAUGAUUCGUCCACAGGAGGAGGGGGAAUCGCGUGUUCGGCGUGUACGUAUGUGAAUCCGGCGGAGGUGGGGGCUUGUGAGAUGUGUGAGACACCGUUGAGGAGAUGACGAGCUUUGCGUCGCGCAGUGCAUUACUUUUAUUCUAUACCUCUGCAUCUAAUCAGCAUUAUCGUCACUAUUU